AUGCCGUGCUUUCAUGAUUUAGCAACAGCAUUGCAAUCGAAUAAUAAUGCUAAAAUCAAAGGUACCAAGAUAGUCGACUUGUAUGAUUUAGGUAUCACCGACAAACCGCGCACCUCAAAUGCAACCAAAUUCUACAAUAUCCCACCUGUAGCACCAGCGUUAGCCAAGAGUAGACCAUGGAAAGCCGAUCCUCAUUACUUUUCAACCUGUUACAUUUCAUCGCUUGCCCUUGUGAAGAUGACAAUCCAUGCCCAAUCAGGAGGUAACAUUGAAGUUAUGGGGAUGUUGAUUGGGAAAGUCAUUUCUGGAGCGAUUAUCAUUAUGGAUGUAUAUGCUUUGCCUGUGGAGGGCACAGAGACCCGUGUGAAUGCCCAGGCAGAAGCUUAUGAAUAUAUGGUUCAAUAUUUGGAGAUGAAUAAGAAGAUCACUGGCAGGAAUGAGAAUAUCGUGGGGUGGUACCAUUCCCACCCGGGGUAUGGAUGCUGGCUUUCUGGGAUUGAUGUGAGUACUCAAAGUUUGAAUCAGGGAUUUCAGGAUCCAUAUCUUGCCAUUGUGGUUGAUCCAAUCAAAACUGUGAAGCAAGGCAAAGUUGAGAUUGGUGCAUUUAGAACGUUUCCCGAGAAUUACGUUCCUACUCUGGAUGGUAGCCAUUUGCUGUCUAAACCUGCAGUUAAUAUACCCAAGGCAAAGAGAAAGGAUUUUGGAAGUCAUUUCGACAAGUAUUAUCCAUUAGAUAUUGAAAUUUUCAGUAGUGAUGUUGAUGAAAGUAUAAUCCAAAUGUUG